GAAGGGGUGCAGCCACCGGCCCAGAGGAUCCUUAAGGGCGGGCUAGCGGCUGCAGAUGCCCCCAGACUCUGCCCUCCGCAGGGGAGACCUGGUGGUGGCGACCCUCAGACCCUUCCUCGUCUCUCCCCAAAGGAUUCUGAGAAAGCGCGCCUAUGGACAGCUGGGGAAACUGAGGCCGGGAGCGGUCAGAGGUCCGGGUGCGGAGGGUUAAGGCGGCUGGGACGGGUUCUCUCGGGGCAGAAGGAGCUGUUUUUCUUUCUGCUCUAAACUUAGCCGGGAGCGGCGGGGUCAGGCCGCGGUUCCAUGACGCGAGCGGCGCGCGGCGAGGCAGCCUGGUGUGGGAACGGCGGGGCCGCCCACCGGCCCGAUGGAGCCAGCAGCCUGCAAACUGGGUCCGCAGGCGGCACAAGCCGAGCGCGCGGUGCCAGCCGACAGUCGGCGCCCGCGAGCUCCGCCUCCGACCCCAGCCUCGCCUCCCCGCCGCCCGAGGGCACAGGCGCUUCCUGCGGUGCGGGGAUUCGAACCCGAGCGGCGCGUGGAGUCCUCGGAGGACGCGACCCCGCGGAACCACGCGGAGUGGGUGCUUCUUGCUCGCGGCUCCCCGCUCAGCCGCCGCCGCGCCCUCUCGCACCCCGAGCACCCUGCCUGGCACGCCCCGGGGACAACAAGGGCUCGGCGGGAGGCCCCCGGGCCACGUCGUUGCUGGUGGGGGGCCGGGGGCGAGGGGAGGACAGCUCCCCCAGCCCCGAGGGUCCGACGGGUGUCAGGGGGCGCCAUGCACUGCAGCCUGGCCUGCCCCGUCCUGCUGGGGGGGGGGGACAAGCGGCUGGUCCUCGGCGCGCGCGUCGGGAGGCGGGUGGAGACAGAGGCGAGAGACGAAGAGACAGAGAUGGAGAGAGAGGCAGAGUCACCCGCUGCGAGAGAGCCCGGGCGCGGGGGUUGCGGGGUGCAGAAAGAAAGCUAAAGACCAAGGCGGGGAGGUGGCCCCGCUGUCCCCUCCUGCCUUCCCGCCUCCACGCGCGCGCGUCCCAGGGGCUCCAGGGCCCCCUCACCAGAGCGGAUGCGCCAAGGUGAAGCGCCGCUGCACGCGGCUGCCCUGGGUCACCAGGAGCUUCCUGAAGAGCCCGGGGGAGCCGCGGGGGGAGCCGGGCGCGGGGGUCCCCUGCAUGGCGGAGACCUCGUGGAGGCGGGACGCGGGGCCAGGGUGCGCGGGAGCUUUUCUGGCCGGCCGCGGGGGCGGGGCCUGGCGGGGAGGGGCCGGCCGCGGCCCGGACACACACACACGCACACACACACGCACCCGGAACAAGUGGGGCAAUUGAGGCACGGCGGUGGGGCGCGAGUGCCCGCUGCCCUUCCUUGGAGGCCCCGCCCCUUGGGACCGGAACACGGAUCUCGGCCCACUUCCCUCCGCCCGCACUUCCCCCAUUAGCCAACCUGUGGGACCAAAAAUUUGGCUGAGAAGAGUGGGAUGCGGAAGUCAGAGGAG